AUGCUGAGUUCUAUCAAGUGCGUGCUGGUUGGAGACUCUGCUGUGGGGAAAACCUCUCUGUUGGUGCGCUUCACCUCAGAAACCUUCCCGGAGGCCUACAAGCCCACAGUGUAUGAGAACACGGGCGUGGACGUGUUCAUGGACGGCAUCCAGAUCAGCCUGGGCCUGUGGGACACAGCCGGCAACGAUGCGUUCAGAAGCAUCCGCCCCCUGUCCUACCAGCAGGCGGACGUGGUGCUCAUGUGCUACUCCGUGGCCAACCAUAGCUCUUUCCAGAACUUGAAGAAUAAGUGGAUUGGUGAAAUCAGGAGCAACUUGCCCUGUACCCCGGUGCUGGUGGUGGCCACCCAGACCGACCAGCGGGAGAUGGGGCCACACCGGUCCUCCUGUAUCAGUGCCAUAGAUGGGAAGCGACUGGCCCAAGAUGUGAGAGCCAAAGGCUAUCUGGAGUGUUCGGCCCUCAGUAACCGGGGCGUGCAGCAAGUAUUCGAGUGUGCCGUCCGGACUGCUGUCAACCAAGCCAGGAGGCGCAACCGAAGGAAACUCUUCUCCAUCAAUGAAUGCAAGAUCUUCUAA